AUGGAUACCAUCUUGGUCUUCAGCCUAAUCAUUGCAUCCUACAAUGUCAACAAGAAAGAACUCAGAGAGAGCAGCUGCCAAGUGGAACUGCUGCCUGGGCUCUCCCCAAAGGAUGUGAGAAACAUCAGGGAUAUGUUAAUACAAGAAGCCCAGGCAGAAGUCAAAAGGGCCACGUUCAUUCAAAAUCAGACUCUAGCUACCCUGCAGUGCUCUGGGAGCAAAGUGAAAGUCAACCUUGCGUAUGCGGAGAAAAAGCCAAAGGUCAAGUAUACUCUGAAGAACCUGAGAGUCAUUGCUGCUCCCAGCAGAAAUGACACUGCCUCCCCAAGCUGUCAUCUAGCCCCUACAUCCAAGUUUCAGACUAGAUCCUUUCUGACAGGCAAAGCCUUUUUACCAGGAAUCUCCCAAUGUAAGGUCCAACCAGUGAUGGUGGCUUCAUCAGAGACUUUUUCCAUCACUACCAUUUCCACAACUCCCGGGAAUAAAGAAGGGGAGAGAAUUACAAGUACUGAUACAGAUGAGAGCCUAGAGAAGAGGCGGAAAUGGAGCACUGUGGUUAAAUUUCUGAUUGCUGUUGCCCUAUUGCUCAGUGGAAUCACCAUUAUAGUGUUUGUCAUUUUUGAAGUCCCUUGCCCUAGUCAAUGCCUGAGAGCCAGAGAGCUGUGCCAAUGCCAGCAGUUGUGGAGAAGGCAAAGGAAGGGAGCCAGCAUGGAAGACCAGCAACCUGGGACACAGGAAGCCAAGCCUGACUCUCAGCCUGAGAAGGAAAGUAUUCUCUGCAUAGUUGGACAAGAUGCUCCUAACUCAGCAAGUCCAAAGAAAGCUGCAAGGAUCACUGUUAUCCAUCAGACAUACUUCUGA